AUGCCCAAGGCAUCACCACCACCUAGAAGCUUGCAAUCAGCAUGGCAGCCGAUCACCACCAUUCUGAAUUAUGCCAUCUUCACAUCAGAGAACGUACAGACGUGCUGGAUGGAGAACGUGAACCUGUCACGCUAUUUCACUCACUAUGAAGGCAUUUCUCUUUUCAUCCCAUUCCUGGGCUCAUCCCCACCAAUUCCCAGCAGAGGCCUGGCCAAGGAACUCAAUUAUGUACAGAGCUGUUUAUUACAGAAAGGGCACGAAAAACUCCAUAGGAAGUCUAAGGAAAUUGUCUCCACAAUUAGCCUUAAGAUCACACUACUGGUGAUAGCCUGCCUCAUCUACCCCAUAGUCCUGGUGUCCUUUAAGCAAAUGACAGAUUGGAUCCAGAAUUAUGCCAGGAGCCUUAAGGAAAGGACAGAAGACUUGAAGAGGGAGAGGCGGCUGGCUGAGGACCUCCUGCACCAGAUGUUGCCAAAAUCUGUGGCAAAGCAGCUGAGGAAACACAAACAUGUUCAGGCAGAAAACUAUGACCAGGUGACUAUCUUUUUCUCUGACAUCGUGGGGUUCACUAGCAUCGCUGCCUCCUGCACCCCCCUGCAAGUUGUCGAGAUGCUCAACAACCUCUACAACUGCUUUGACACCAGGAUCGAGUCCUAUGAUGUUUACAAGAUAGAGACCAUCGGCGAUGCCUACAUGGUAGUGAGUGGCCUGCCGGAGAGGAACGGCGAGAAGCAUGCUGAUGAGAUUGCCAAAAUGUCUCUGGACUUGGUGGCUGCGGUCCGACAGGUCCCGAUCCCCCACAUGCCAACGGGCAGGCUGCAGCUGCGGGCUGGGAUCCACACAGGCCCCUGCGUGGCUGGCGUUGUUGGGUACAAAAUGCCCCGUUACUGCCUCUUCGGGGACACGGUGAACACGGCUUCUCGCAUGGAGUCCACCAGCCUGCCUCAGAAGAUACACAUCAGCUCUGCGACGUACCACGCUCUGCUCACGGAUGACGCCUAUGAAAUCGAGCUGAGAGGGGAAAUUGAAAUCAAGGGCAAAGGCAAAAUGAAAACCUACUGGCUCCUUGGGAACAAGAACUACAGCGUCCAAAAUGACAGCCUGGUCUGUCACUGGAAUCCAGCCAUCUCCAGGAAAAAGAAGAUGGAGACCAGUCUGCUGUCUGCCCGACAAUCUAGUACAGGUACCGUGGGUGCAGUGCUGAGCGAGAGAAGCACCUUAGCAUCGCAGGAUGGGACCGGCUCAGCCAGCCACACCAGAGUAACCUCUGACCUGGCUUGGACAUCUGGGAGUUCUAUCAGCGAGGCAGGCCGGGAGCCGAAGAACGGAUCUCAUCACAGCUACCCACAGAGUCUCAAGAAUAACAUUGUUCCCCUGGGCUCUCCAGUGUCUGGGCAAGGGGACAACAGUGCUCGUCUGGACCAAGGGGAGUAUCUCGGAGACUAUGGGAAUGGAUUGCUGGAAAAAAAUGGGUUUCUCCCAGGGUUUGUGGAUGAGAUGUGA